CGUUGCAUUUUGGGAUUUUUGACUCGCGUAGAGUCCAUCGGCUGCAAAAUCUCACCGGAAGCAGUACACCAUCCGGUUGUCCAGAAGAUGGCGGAAAUGGGACACACGGUACUUGUUCGCGGGCUUCCUGCCGAUAUGGAGCACGAGCGACUGGAAGAUAAACUUCUGAUCCAUUUUCUGCGCGAGCGGAACGGAGGAGGAGAGAUAUCAUCACUCACUAUUAAAGCACCAGAUCCGUGUGCCAUCAUCACCUUUGAAGAUAGCAGAGUUGCUCACAGUGUGUGGAGUCAUAAACCACAUGUUUUAGAGGUGGAUGGCAGGAUGUAUGAACUUUCUCUGAGGUUUCCAUGGCAGGAAUCACUGCACCUGAACAAGGUAAUCCUUGAUAUGUCUGUGACCAUAGACUGCAACCACUUGCUACUGGGUGAAGAAACUAUAAGAACCCUCACUGAAAAAUUUCCAGGCCUUGGUGUCCAUUACAGUAAGCCUCAGAGGCACUGCACCUUAAAGGGACCCUACUCGGAGGUUAAUGAUGUUGUAUCUCACUUGAUAGAACUCCUUGAAGACUUUGAACAUCCAAGUGAAGAAAGUUUGUUCUUUGCACGUGAAAGUGAUAAAGUCCAUUCACAUGAUAAAGGAAAAGACAACCCUCCAGACCAAUCAAAUGGACUUCACUUUGGUGGAGCUGUUUCUUUACAUCAGGAAUCCAGGUAUCCAAGGCCAAAAGAGAACAGUUUAAAACUAUCACAGGCACAAACACGCUCUGAUGAGAAGAUAAAAGACUGGGUAGAUGCAGUAGAUGCAGUAGAUGUGGAGGCUCUGUCUCUAAUCAUGGAGGCAGAUGUAUUUGCAUAUCUAUGCAGCAGAAGUGAGGAGUACCGGAGUAUAUUGCAAAACCAUGGCGUGCAUGUGGUUGAUGUCACGUCUGCAGGAGUCACCACACUGUACUUGCAAUCCAAUGCAAAAGUUGAGAUUGGGUCAGAAGCAGAAAAACAUAUGUACUAUGCCCGCAAGGAGCUGAGUCAGCUUUACCAGCAGGUAGAGGGUAAUUUGAGAAGAGCUCAGAUUCCUGUAAGUGCCCUUAACCUGCGUGGAGGACAAACUGAAGCAUUUAAGGACUUGGAGUCAUUACUGCCCAAAGUGCUGCUCAGCUCUGAUCAGACCCAUGUUUAUAUUGUAGGUGAGAGCAGUGAAGUUUCUCAGGCCAAACAGAUCCUCCUGUUUGGUUCACCUGAUGAGAACUUGAAAGCAAAGCAAGAAAUCUCACUUCCAUUAUCUCAGUCUUACUCUUACUCCCCAAUUUCUGAAUCAGAGACAAUGCAGAUAGCUGGAGCAAGUAGUGAAUCCAGUACAAUGACCCCUAAAAUGAGAAUCUCUGAUGCUGAGAAAAGAGUAAGGACUGGGGAGGAAUACAAACUGGCUGCUCGAUUUAAGAACUCUGACAUGGGCUUACUGGGGUUUGGCCCUGUAGAAAGAGGGAGAACUAGAGAGCGUCAAGAUUUAACCAAAGGCAUUAACACGUCAACAGUGGCAUCAAAUUCUGGACCAAUCCUAUCCACAAAUUCCUUUCUUGGUACAGCAGGUACAGUCAAUAGUGACCAGGCCACGGCUUCUCAGGUUAGUGCUUUCAAAGCCACUGGUGUAAAUAAUGUAGAAGAAGAUAUCUUGUUUCAGAAGAUAGAACCACUGUCCUUUACAUACACAUUGAAAAACAGUGGUCAGGUCUCAAACAAAGUUAGUAGAACAAGUUGUACCUCCAGAGUGACACCUGUGUUCAAAGCUCCACUCAGUACACCUGUGGAUGCCCUUACAGAGCUUGACAAACUGAGCAAGACUACAGGAUCUACAGAAGAAUCUACAACCACCUCUACUUCUUCCUUAAGAAGGACAAAUAGUUUUUCAGGCCGGCCAUUACAAAAACAGGAGACACAAAAGACUGGGAUCAAUGAGAAAUCAUGUCUUGCCACAAAUUCCUUUAGAAGAGCAAGAUCAGGUAGUCUAAAUAGUAGGAUGUCUGCAGAAGCACUUCCAAGCAGCACUGUAUCAAGGGCAGUCACUGUAUCUACAUUGAUGUGGCGUUAUAUAAAAGAGGCAUAUCAAGCCGAUCUAAAUGUUCUAAUCUCUGAUCUACAAGUGUCCGAGGAUCACGUAGACAAGUAUAAGACCAUGGUUAUUUUACAGGGAUCAGCUUCAUCCAAGGUUGAAGAAUGUCAGCAUGAGCUUCAGAAGCUAGUUGACGUGAUCAGUUCAGACUUUUGUGUUCAGAACCUUCAACUGGCAGAUCUUGGUGUGACUGAAGGCAAUGAUAUGUUCGAGGAAUGCUGCUCGAACAUAUGCUCACACUUCAGCAAAAUUGUACUGCAGCAUGUAAAGGAUGCCGUUUUCCUGUUGGGGCCCAAAUCAUUGUGUUCUCAAGCCAAUGAAAUGUUAAAAGAACUGUUUCCUAAUGGAUUUUCUAAUUCUGAAUCUUUGGGUAAUACCUUCACCCAUCAGGGACGUAUAGAUCAAAGUCAUGCCAAUGCAUCAGCUAAACAGAUGCCAAUUAAAAGCAAUAAUCAGACUAGACCAAAUCAGAACAAAGCUAAUAGUGAGAGUCCUGCAAAAGGCAGACUUAAAGGAUACAGUAAAGGAGAGUCCAGGAAUGCAUCUUAUAUGCAAUCACCAAAGCCAGUUGCCAAAGAGAUGCUUAAAAAGGCAUCAGAUUUGGAAAUAAGCAAGACUGGCCCAUUACCCAGCAAAUCUUCUGAGGCAAGUAGAGUGUUGUUGGGACCGAGGGAUGAAUGGCAGAAGCCUUCGUCACUCACAACACAGAAAAGCCAAAAAGCAACUACACUGACUUUGAAACAGACCAACUUCCCAAUCAGUAAACAGUUGGAAUCCUGUGUGUGUGGAGAGAAUGGUACAGAAACAAGCUGUGGUAUUUUUCUAUGCUCCAACUGUAGACCACUCCAUACUCAGUGUAUGGUAUGCUCUAAAGUGAAUGCAGCCAAUAAGCCAUCAAAGGAAAUGCAAGUUCAUCCACUCAAAGAUGAGCAGAAUACAAAAGAGCUCAAAGGAAUAGAAGCUGGCACAAGACAAAAACAGGAACAAGGCAUUCAGGGCACCAUGAGGUGUACGGAGUUGUCAGUGAGCCUGCCAGGCUACGAGCAAUUCAGAACAGCCAAGAUUACCUACUCCAUACCUGAUGGCAUCCAAGGAGAAGAACACCCUAACCCUGGGUUACCAUUCCAAGGAGGUCUAUUUGAGGCCUAUUUACCACUCAGUUUAAAGGGGCAAGGCUUAGUGCAAUGCCUGGAGAAAGCAUUUAAGCAAGGUUUUACCUUUACUGUCUGCCCAAGUAACAAUACUGUAAGAGCACAAAUAACCUGGAGCAAAAUCCCGCAUAAGACCAAGAUCACAGGAGGGAAGAGUGGGAAUGGAUUUCCAGACUCCACAUAUCUUAAAGACUUGUCUGAGGCAUUGAGGACUUGUGGGAUUGAGGGUGUUGAUGUGUAAGUGAAGUGAUAUUUGGAUA